CAAAAAUAAAGGGAUGGAGUAUCAGCCACGUGUGCUAAAGAAGAUCACAAGCCAAAGUUAUGGCACAGGUUGAAGUUGAAGUUGAAGCAGCUUGGUUGUUCAUCUUAAAAACGCAACAACGUAGGAUUACUGCAAAAUAAGGAAGGAAGCAACUAGCAAGUGAUAUAAAUAUAAUUGAGGAGCUGAUUAGAUUAGAGAUAUCAGAGGUAGCAGUAGCUUGUUGUCCUGAACCAGAUAGAAGAAGCAAUAAAGAAAGAAAGAAGAUAAGGAUGGCGUUUCUGUCGUCCUCAGCUUCAAACUUGCUGGGAACCAAAGUCCUAAUAUCGCCCCCAACUCCGAAAACAACGAAAUUGAGCUCCGCAAGAACAAGCAAGCUCAUCAACGCACAAAACCUGCCACAGCAACCACAACCACAAUGGAAGAAAUCACUGCCUGCUCUCACCGCCCUCUUCAUCUCCUCCCUAUCCCCACAACCACAAGCCAUCGCCGUAGACAACGCAGGGCCCCCAACCGUCAUCGAGGCCCAGCAGCCCAGCACCCAGAAUCCCUCUCCAUUCUCUCAGAACCUUCUCCUCAACGCCCCCAAACCCCAGGCCCAGGCCUCGUCGGACCUCCCCGAGGGCUCCCAGUGGCGUUACAGCGAGUUCCUCAACGUCGUCAAGAAGGGCAAGGUCGAGAGGGUCAGGUUCAGCAAGGACGGCUCCGCCCUCCAGCUCACCGCCGUCGACGGCCGCCGCGCCACCGUCAUCGUCCCCAACGAUCCCGAUCUCAUCGACAUCCUCGCUAUGAACGGCGUCGACAUCUCCGUCUCCGAGGGCGACUCCGGCAACGGCCUCUUCAACUUCAUUGGCAACCUCCUCUUCCCCUUCCUAGCCUUCGCAGGCCUCUUCCUCCUCUUCCGUAGGGCCCAGGGUGGCCCCGGGGGCCCAGGCGGCCUCGGAGGCCCCAUGGACUUCGGCCGCUCAAAGUCCAAGUUCCAGGAGGUCCCCGAAACCGGCGUCACCUUCGCUGACGUCGCAGGCGCUGACCAAGCCAAGCUGGAAUUGCAGGAAGUUGUUGAUUUUCUCAAGAACCCUGACAAGUACACCGCUUUGGGUGCUAAGAUCCCAAAAGGGUGUCUUCUGGUGGGGCCACCUGGAACCGGGAAGACCCUUCUGGCUCGGGCGGUUGCCGGUGAGGCCGGAGUACCGUUCUUCUCUUGCGCGGCUUCGGAGUUCGUGGAGCUGUUUGUUGGGGUUGGUGCUUCCCGCGUGAGGGAUUUGUUUGAGAAAGCCAAGUCAAAGGCGCCGUGCAUUGUUUUCAUUGAUGAGAUUGAUGCCGUGGGGAGGCAGAGAGGGGCUGGUCUCGGAGGCGGGAACGAUGAGAGGGAGCAGACCAUUAACCAGCUCUUGACGGAGAUGGAUGGCUUCUCUGGUAAUUCCGGUGUCAUUGUUUUGGCUGCUACCAACAGGCCCGAUGUCCUCGACUCUGCCCUGCUGCGGCCCGGCAGGUUCGAUAGGCAGGUUACUGUUGACAGGCCUGAUGUUGCUGGCAGAGUUAAGAUCCUUCAGGUACAUUCUAGAGGAAAGGCACUUGCAAAGGAUGUUGACUUUGAAAAGAUUGCAAGAAGAACCCCAGGAUUCACCGGGGCCGACUUGCAGAAUCUGAUGAAUGAAGCAGCUAUUCUUGCAGCAAGGCGUGACCUUAAGGAAAUAAGUAAAGAUGAGAUAUCUGAUGCCCUUGAGAGGAUCAUUGCUGGACCAGAAAAGAAAAAUGCAGUUGUUUCAGAUGAGAAGAAGAAAUUAGUAGCCUACCAUGAGGCUGGCCAUGCUCUAGUGGGUGCUUUGAUGCCCGAAUAUGAUCCCGUGGCGAAGAUUUCAAUCAUUCCUCGCGGCCAAGCUGGUGGUCUCACAUUUUUUGCUCCCAGUGAAGAGAGGCUUGAGUCUGGACUGUACAGUAGAAGCUACUUGGAAAAUCAGAUGGCAGUUGCUCUAGGAGGAAGUGUCUUCCUUCCUUAUGCCCUGCGUGUUCCGGGAAGCAUCAUCAUCCUCUCUAUCUCUCCUCGUGUAGUUUGGCAGGUUGCAGAAGAGGUAAUAUUCGGGGAGGAAAAUGUGACGACGGGAGCUUCAAAUGACUUCAUGCAAGUUUCAAGGGUGGCAAGGCAGAUGGUUGAGAGAUUCGGGUUCAGCAAGAAGAUUGGACAAGUUGCUAUUGGCGGCCCUGGUGGUAAUCCAUUCUUGGGCCAACAGAUGUCAACGCAAAAGGAUUACUCCAUGGCAACUGCCGAUGUUGUGGAUGCAGAGGUGAGGGAGCUAGUGGAAACAGCCUAUUCGAGGGCUAAGCAAAUCAUAACCACCCACAUCGACAUCCUUCACAAGCUUGCCCAGCUUCUCAUUGAAAAGGAAACCGUCGAUGGCGAAGAGUUCAUGAGCCUCUUCAUUGAUGGCCAAGCUGAGCUUUAUGUUGCCUAAGGCCCAACCUUGUUUCCCUACCAAUCAGCACAAAUCUUGUUCUUGUUUGUAUCAUAAGAGCAGUACACAUGUUUAACAAUUCGGUCAAUACACUUCAUCAUCAAAGCAAGAAGUCGAAAGUUAUAUAAAAUGGUUUAGAAGCAGAGACAUUUAUUUGUGGGAUGAAUGCGUCUGGAAAAGUUGUGCAUUGUCCUCCAUUCACACCCAGUUCAAUACAAAGAUUGCACUAUACAUUUUAGG